GCUUUUUAAUUAUCCUUGGCACGGUUUUUUCUGGACCGAUUCUUCCGGCAUUUAUGUCCUGCAUUCUACUGUUAUUCCAGAGGUGUAAUCACAGGUCUUGCCAUGGAAGUUACCACAGCAGCGUGCAGAGUUGUGACUGUUGAAGUGCCGGCAGCUGGUGCGUAGUAAAUCUGAAGUGUGCCAUGGGCAUACUGACAAACUGGCUCUGUGCUUCGGGUGCUGCGCUCGACGGACUGGAUCUCAUCUCACCGCCGCUCUCACACAAGGAGAAUCAGAAAUUUGGGCGGACCUAGCGACGACGAAACAUCAGCCAUGAUCGGUGAUCACAUUGCGAUCCCUUUGCCUCGGCAACGGGAUCGCGCUCAGGGUCAUUAUGCAGAUCGCGACGAGUUCUUCAUUCGUCUGCCUAGGCCCCUUCUAUAAGAGCAGCUGAACUCUCCAACAGCAGCAGCGCCAACUACAGCAAGCGAGCGAGGACCGCAUCUCCACCCGAGACAGCACAAUUUCCAUCCUGCGUCUCCUUCUCGCGCAGACCUCGUCCUCUCACCAAGCCCGAUGACUUUCCAAGUCCAUGGAACUGCUCCGUCGACUUGCACCGGAAGGGUGCUGAUCGCCCUCUACGAGAAGAAUGUCGAGGACUUCCAAAUCGUCGAAGUGGACCUGAUGAAGGGAGAGCACAAGAGCCCGGAGUUUCUGAAGAAUCAGCCAUUCGGGCAGAUCCCAUUCAUCGUCGACGGGGACGUGCAGCUGUUCGAAUCUCGAGCCAUCUGCAGGUACGUGGCGCACAAGUACGCGGACCAGGGAACGCCGCUGUACGGAGCGACGGCGGCGGACGCCGCCCUGACGGAGCAGUGGCUGGAGGUGGAGGCGCAGAACUACAACGGCCCGAUCGCCGCGCUGGUCUUCAACCUGGUGUUCGCGCCGAUGUUCGGCGCGCCGCGCGACGACGCGGUGGUGGCGGCGCAGACGGCCAAGCUCGAGGCUGUGCUCGAUGUGUACGAGCAGAGGCUGUCGGAGAGCAAGUUCUUGGCCGGCGAUUUCUUCAGCCUGGCCGACUUGGCGCACAUGACCUACACGCACUACUUGAUCAACAUGGCGCACCAGGGAGCCAUGUUCGACUCUCGCCCCCACGUCAAGGCCUGGGUUGCCGAGCUCUUCGCUCGCCCGUCUUACCAGAAGUGGUUGGCGCUGCCCGGGCACCUUCACUGAGCGAUCGGAACGCCGUGCUUGUCUGUCAGUCAGUCAUGUCGCUCGCUGGGUGUUAGCAUCACAUUUUUGCUACCGAUGUGGCUGUGUUUACUGUAUUUACGGUCAUCACCAGCAUGGCCACUUUGAAAUCAAUGAAUAUAAUAUUGCGACACGGAUUUGUAUUUUGUAAGA